ACGACAAUAUCAGUUGAGUCAUCCGAUGCCAUCCUUCACUAUGAAGCCGAUCAUCUAAACAUUUUGACCCUCUCUUCUUCUUUCUUCCUUUAUUAUUAUUUUUCUUUUUUUCUUCUCUUUUUAGAGCAAUUCUUCAACUGGCCUGUGAAGAUGAUGAUAGGAGCUUACAAAAGUAGUAGCGAUAAUUUCGCUGCUAGGAUGGAAGAAAAUGCGGUGCGAGAAGCGGCGGCCGCGGGUCUUCAGAGCGUUGAAAAGCUCAUCAAAUUACUCUCACAAAACCACCACCACCAUCUUCAACACGAGCACCACCAACAGCAGCACCAGCAAAAGCAAGAUGAUUCCACCACAUCGGAUCAGAAUCAAAAUCAAGAUGAUUCUGAUUCUGAUUACAAGGUUGUUGCUGAUCUCGCUGUUAAUAAGUUCAAGAAAGUUAUCUCCCUCCUCGACCGCUCUCGCACCGGCCAUGCCCGCUUUCGUCGUGGCCCUCUUCACCACCUAACCGCACAACAAGCACAGCCACCGCCACCGCCACCGCCACCGCCACAGCAGCAGCAGCUGAAGCCGUCGCACGGCUCUGCUUUUACAAGGGUAUAUUCGUCAUCUCAGAUCCAAAGAUUACCACCUCUUCCACAUAAUAACCACCCUCACCAUAGUCAACCCCAGCCCCUUGGUCUACCAAAACCAAUAGAGCGCAAAGAUUCAUCUACUACCAUAAACUUCUCAUCGUCGCCUCCAAUUUCAGCGACUAAUUCGUACAUUUCGUCGUUAACUGGUGAUACCGACAGUGUACAACCGUCGAUGUCUUCUGGGUUUCAGAUUACCAAUUUAUCCCAGGUUUCAUCCGUCGGUAAACCCUCUAUUUCUUCAUCAUCUUUGAAGCGGAAGUGUAAUUCCAUGGAUGAUUCCAAAUGUGGCGGAUCUUCUGGCCGUUGCCAUUGCCCCAAACGAAGGAAGUCAAGAAUGAAGAGGGUGGUUAGAGUGCCAGCAAUCAGUGUUAAAAUGGCUGAUAUUCCACCAGAUGACUAUUCAUGGAGAAAAUACGGUCAGAAACCAAUCAAAGGAUCACCUCACCCAAGGGGUUAUUACAAAUGUAGUAGCGUGCGAGGAUGUCCAGCGCGUAAACAUGUGGAGCGCGCGUUAGAUGACGCGUCAAUGUUGACCGUGACUUAUGAAGGCGAUCACAGCCACCCACAGUCCGUCACCGACGCCACCGUUGCGGCCGCGCUUGUUUUAGAAUCGUCCUAGUCAAUGCACAAACAAAACAAGAGAGAAAAAGAAAGAGAUAAGGGCCUACAAGAUCAACGGUGAAUAUUUGCUAUGAUCUUAACGGUGAAUAUUUGCUAUGAUCUUGGACAAAAAUGGUGGGACCCAGUGUUGAUCGGAUCAGAACCGUCCAAAACAAAGAAGACAAUGAUAAUAUAAAAUAUUUAUGAUGAUGAUGAUGAAGAUCUUGAAGUUGCAUAUGAUAUUAUGUUAAACGUUUUGUCAACGGGUCAACUAAAUGGAAAGUCCAAGGCAACUUCUCGAAGAAGAUUAGAUUGAUUAGUGGGUGGUAUUGGUGGGUUUACGUCAUCUACCAAAUACUGCAUAAAAAAUUGAAACUCCACCUUCUUCUGUCUCUUUUUUUUUUUUUUCUUUUUAUAUAUUUAUUCUUUUGUUUUUUAAAAAUAUUUUUUUGGGAUUUUUUCUCCCAUGCCCAUUUUACCCUUUAACGUGGAAAAAAAAUGAAUUAAAUUGAUGUAUUUAGUAAUGACCAGAGUAUAUUAAUGUUAGUAAAAGGCUGAAAGCUGUGGAUUUGGCGGGAGUUGAAUUAAUUAUUAUAAUAAUUAGGAAAAAAGUCUCUCGUUAUUAUA